GUGAAGGUUUAUCUUUCUUGGCAAUUCCUGUCUUUUAAAUGUCGAGUAGCUCGGGAAGUUUCUCAGGAAGGAGUAGCAGCUCUGCUUGUAGUUCCAGAGGUGAUAGUAGUGAAAUCUCCUUUGAUGCUGAUGAGCUUCUCCAGUUUGGUUCCACACGCAUCGAGCUAAGGAAAGAGAAGGACUUGUUGAGAAAAUCGCAGCCUCAUAGUAUCGAACUAGUCAGAAGAUUGGAACUCCACUCAAAGUCAUUAUCUGAAUCUCGCCGGGAAGACACUGCUAGAAUUCGGACCAUGGAGAUUGAGUUGUUGAAUUGCUAUAAAGAGAUUGGUUACUUGCGCGAUCAACUGAUUUUUAAAAGCAAGGAAAUGAGUUAUCUCAACGAACAUGUGCACAGUCUUGAAUCCAAACUGGCGGAAUCAGGGAACUGGGAAGAAGAAGUUAAAUUCUUGAGAGAGGAGUUGUGUAUGUCUAAAUCCGAGCAUUUGUUGUUGUUGCAAGAACUCGAGAGCAAAGAGACAAAGCUACAGUGCUCGUCUCUUUCUGUAGAGAAACUGGAGGAGACCAUCUCAUCCUUAACGUUAGAGUCCUUGUGUGAAAUGGAGAGCAUGAAACUUGAUAUAACAGCCUUGGAGCAAGCUCUCGUUGAUGCAAUGAGAAUCCAAGAAGAAAGCAUCCAAGAGAAAGAUCACUUGAAAGGAAUAGUCGAAGAGGUUCAGUUUCAGUCUCAGGAGGCACAAGAGAAGGCCAAGUCCUUUGAGAAGCAAAACGAAGAGCUGAGGGACAGAAUCGCCGCCUCUGAAAAGAGUAUCAAAGAGUUUUUUGUAAGUACUAAAGAACGGUUAGAAAGUGGAGACGAACAGCAGCUCCUUAAUGCAAAGUGUUUCUUCGCUGAGCUGAGUCAUGUGUUCCCAGUGUCCAGUGAAGUUCGAGAAUGUUUCGAUGCAAUUAUCAAGAGACUAGAACUUUCCCGGAAUGUUACUUUGAUUGAUAAAAUGGAGGGUAUGGGGAAACAGAUACAGAUGCAGGAAGAUCUUGUGAAGCGGCUCAAGGAGGAACUGAAACAGGAGAAACUGAAGGCGAAGGAAGAAGCGGAAGACCUUACGCAAGAAAUGGCUGAACUAAGGUAUCAGAUGACAUGUUUGCUCGACGAAGAACGCAAACGCAGGGUGUGCAUAGAGCAAGCGUCAUUACAGAGAAUCGCAGAACUGGAAGCACAGAUCAAGAGAGAGACAAAGAGGCACUCUUCUACUGAGUUGGUGCCCCUUUCCGGGUUAUGA